CUGUCCCGGGCCUGGACCGUGUGCGUCCGCCUUCUGGAUCAGGGCUCCGGGGGCAGCCGAGGCGCGAGGCUGCGCGGGGGCGCUGACCUCGGCCUUGGGGGGGGGGCGUCUCGGGAUCCCGGAGAUAUCCGUGUCCGCCCGGGCCUGCCAGGGGCAGGCCGAAGCUCGAACUUCUGCCGCUCUGCGGGUCGAGGUCAGGUGCCCCGCUUCUCUCCUCCCUUCUCGCCCUCCCCCACCUCCGUGCGGGCGGGACAUCUGCCCGCCCCCUCCCGUAGGGGUGUAGCAGGCUGCGGCGCUGACAGCGGCCCGGCAGCCACCCUGCCCAAACUCUCCGGAAGCAGCUAGAGCUCAGGCCGCCGCAGCCGGGGAGGACCCACUGCGCGAGCGGAGGCGCCGGCCCUUGUGCUCCCAAACUUGGAGCACUUGACCUUUGGCUGCGGGAGGAGGCAAGCCCGCAGGUGGCUGGACAACUGCGGCGCCGCGAGGGCAUCGUGCCUGGGAACCGGCUGCUUCACUCUAUCCGGCUCAGGGAUUUGCUGGUGGGAUCUCAAGGUGUCUACAUCGGGCGCAUGGUGACUGAGACCUAGAGCCAUGGAUGUGUGCGCCCGUCUUGCUGUGUGGCUUCUCUGGGGGCUCCUCCUGCAUCAGGGCCAGAGCCUCAGCCACGGUCCUAGCGAGAAGACGGCAGGAGCCGGCGCGGGAGCGACUUCCGAAGAGUCCACUGAAGCAGAGUUUUGCCGUAUUGACAAACCCCUGUGCCAUAGUGAGGAUGAGAAGCUCAGCUUUGAGGCAGUCCGCAACAUCCACAAACUGAUGGAUGAUGAUGCCAAUGGUGAUGUGGAUGUAGAAGAAAGUGAUGAGUUCCUAAGGGAAGACCUUAAUUACCAUGACCCAACAGUGAAACACAGCACCUUCCAUGGUGAGGAUAAGCUCAUCAGUGUGGAGGACCUGUGGAAGGCAUGGAAGUCCUCAGAAGUGUACAACUGGACCGUGGAUGAGGUGGUGCAGUGGUUGAUUACAUAUGUGGAGCUGCCUCAGUAUGAGGAGACCUUCCGGAAGUUGCAGCUCAGUGGCCAUGCCAUGCCAAGGCUAGCUAUAACCAAUACCACCAUGACGGGGACUGUGCUGAAGAUGACAGAUCGGAGCCAUCGGCAGAAGCUGCAGUUGAAGGCCCUGGAUACAGUGCUGUUUGGGCCGCCUCUCUUGACCCGCCAUAAUCAUCUCAAGGACUUCAUGCUGGUGGUGUCUAUCGUUAUUGGUGUGGGUGGCUGCUGGUUUGCCUAUAUUCAGAACCGUUACUCCAAGGAACAUAUGAAGAAGAUGAUGAAGGAUUUGGAAGGGUUACACCGAGCUGAGCAGAGUCUGCAUGACCUUCAGGAAAGGCUGCACAAGGCCCAGGAAGAACAUCGCACCGUGGAGGUGGAGAAGGUCCAUCUGGAGAAGAAGUUGCGUGAUGAGAUCAACCUUGCCAAACAGGAAGCCCAGCGGCUAAAGGAGCUUCGGGAGGGUACUGAGAAUGAGCGCAGCCGCCAAAAGUAUGCCGAGGAAGAGCUGGAGCAGGUUCGAGAGGCCUUGAGGAAAGCAGAGAAAGAGCUGGAAUCACACAGCUCGUGGUAUGCUCCAGAGGCCCUUCAGAAGUGGCUGCAGCUGACACAUGAGGUAGAGGUGCAAUACUACAACAUCAAGAAGCAGAGUGCCGAGAAGCAGCUGCUGGUGGCCAAGGAGGGGGCUGAGAAGAUAAAAAAGAAGAGAAACACACUUUUUGGCACCUUCCAUGUGGCCCAUAGCUCUUCCCUGGAUGAUGUGGAUCAUAAAAUCCUAACUGCUAAGCAAGCACUGAGUGAGGUGACAGCGGCACUGAGGGAGCGCCUGCACCGGUGGCAGCAGAUUGAGAUCCUUUGUGGCUUCCAGAUUGUCAACAACCCUGGCAUUCACUCCCUGGUGGCUGCCCUCAACAUAGACCCCAGCUGGAUGGGCAGUACGCGCCCUAACCCUGCCCACUUCAUUAUGACUGAUGACGUGGAUGACAUGGAUGAGGAGAUUGUGUCACCCUUGUCCAUGCAGUCCCCCAGUCUGCAGAGCAGUGUCCGGCAGCGCCUGACGGAGCCACAGCAUGGCCUGGGAUCUCAGAGAGGAUCAUCUCUAAAGGCAAACAGGCUCUCUAGUAAGGGAUUUGACCCAUUCCGAUUCGGAGUCCUCCCUCCACAUGAGUGACCGCCAGCGUGUGGCCCCCAAGCCUCCUCAGAUGGGCCGUGCUGCAGAUGAGGCUCUCAAUGCCAUGCCUUCCAAUGGCAGCCAUCGGCUGAUUGAGGGGGUCCAUCCAGGAUCUUUGGCGGAGAAACUACCUGACAGCCCUGCCUUGGCCAAGAAGGCAAUAAUGGCGCUGAACCAUGGCCUAGACAAGGCCCAUAGCCUGAUGGAGCUGAACCCCUCAGGCCCAGCUGGUGGCUCCCCACCUUUGGAUUCUUCUUAUUCUCAUAGCCCCAGUUCCCCAGACCCAGACACACCAUCUCCAGUUGGGGACAGCCGAGCCUUGCAGGGCAGCCGAAACACACGCAUUCCCCACUUGGCUGGCAAGAAGGCUGUAGCUGAGGAGGAUAAUGGUUCUAUUGGUGAGGAGACAGACUCUAGCCCAGGCAGGAAGAAAUUUCCCCUCAAAAUCUUUAAGAAGCCUCUUAAGAAAUAGACAGAAUGGGGUGGCAGUGUUAAAACAGCCUGUUCUUCCCUGGGUUUUCUGCCUUUCCCUCCCUUCAAGAUAUCUGGCCCCUAGAGUGGGACAUGGAGGGGUUGGCCCAAGGGCCUGGGCACUGUACAUACCUGCCCUCCUCAUUCUGUGCCCAUCAUCAUUAUUUAUUAACUGACCACCAUGGCCUCCCUGCCCUGCAACCCUCCCAACCACGGGCUGCUGCUGUCACACCCUUUCCACUUCAGCGCAUGUCUUAGUUGCCGUUCCCUCAGUUUCCAGCUCCACUUUUGGAGUUCAGCUUCUGUCUCUGCUGUUCCAAUUUUGAGGUUUGGUUUUGUUUCUGUCUCCUGCUUUCAGGCUCCUCCCUCCCACUACUCCCAACUUCCCUAGCAGUUGUGGGGAAGCUAGGAGGAGGAACUUCUGACACCUGUACCUCAGAUCUAGUCAUUUUACCCAACAGUGGUUCUGUUUAGCCCAGACUGGGCCAAGGGCCUAAUCUUUAGGGUCUGUUCUUUGGAGGUGUGGUGGGCUCGAGGGAAUCUUAUCCUGGAGCUCAUUGGGGCUUCCAGAGGUCUGUGGAGGAAAUGGAACCAGCUCCCAGGGAACAACUCAUCAGAAUUUUUAAGAGAAGUCAGGUUGUGAUGAUGGAGAGACUUCUCUUAGCUGGAGGAAUGUAGAUGCUAAAGCUGUGGGCUAUGAGGCAGUUACCAUUUCUCUCAUCUUGCCCACUUCUGCCUUCCUCUUGCCCCCACUCCCCUAUAUUGCACGAGUGUGUCUCUUAAGAGGUGCUGUCCUGAAGCUCCAUAAGCAUCAGUACUACUGGGACUCAGGACAAUUGGCUCUCCUGCCUAUGGGAGUCAUAGUCAUGACACAGGGCUCUUGUGGAGCCCUGGGCAAGGAUGUUGUAUUUGAAUCAAAAGACAGUUUUAAAGUGAAAAAAGAAAUCUGAAUUUCCCAAGUGCCUGCACAGCAUCCUCCCUCUGUCAGACUCCAUUUUUUACUGCAUAGCCUGGGCCAGAGGCUCAAAAGGACACAAGUGGUUUGGGGAAAGGGUGGUGAAUGAAGAUGGUGUAUGUAUGUGAAGGCUGCUGUGUGACCACUUUCCCCCAGCACCUCCCAUCUUCCAGACAACUCUCUCCUUUACCUAUUUUUGCUAUGGCUGUAAAGGUAUUUUCCCCUCUGCCCCAUUCUGGCAUGCCUUUACCCUGAGAUCCUAAUUUGGGCCUGGGUUGGGUAUAGCUGGGGCUGGUCUUAGGAGGGUGCUAGGCUACAGUCUGCCUUGUAACCCCCUGGGCACCCUCACAUGGGUUUUCUGUGUUAUUUCAUAAGACUCUUUGAAGUCCAAUAAAGCAUGUAGGAGAUUUUAA